UCAAUUGCCAGUUUGGGUCGCGGAAUUCAAAGUUUGCGCGAAGCAUCUCAGGCAAUGAGGCAAAGUGAAAGCUCCAGGAUACAAAAUUCAUUAGAGUCCCUUUUGUACAGAUUUAAGAAGAUAAAGAAGCUAGGAGGGAAAGAAGGAUGGGCAGCAACCUAAAUGCGGUGUUCUACGCCGAUAUAUACCACCCUAUUCAGUCCGGCAGCAUCGACGGCACCGAUAUUCUGCCGCACGACAGCGCCGUCUAUCGGGCACUCCUCUGCUCCAAUGCCGGCCUAUAUGACCCCUUCGGCGACCCCAAGGCUGUCGGCGAUCCUUACUGUACUCUCUUCGUGGGACGUCUCUCACACCUCACUACCGAACACACUCUUCGCGAGGAAAUGAGCAAAUAUGGAAGGGUGAAGAACUUGAGAUUAGUCAGACACAUUGUAACGGGUGCUUCAUGUGGAUAUGCCUUUGUCGAAUUUGAAACAGAAAGAGAGAUGCGACGGGCAUACAAGAGGAAACUAGGAAAGCAAGAUGGUCUCUCUGUGCUCCCAAAGGCACAUUUUAGCUUCCCGGACAUUAUCAAUGACAUAAAUAAGGGAAAGAAAGAGGAUGCUCACCAUAAGAUCAUUGAUGAUUCUGAAAUUAUAGUUGAUUACAACAGGCAGCGACUGAUGCCAGGCUGGAUUCCAAGAAGAUUAGGAGGGGGACUUGGUGGCAAAAAGGAAUCUGGACAACUUCGAUUUGGAGGCCGAGAUAGACCAUUCCGAGCCCCACUGCGACAGAUUCCCUUGGAUGACCUGAAAAGGCUUGGAAUACCACCUCCACCAGAGGGACGAUAUAUGUCUCGCUUUCAGGUUCCAUCACCACCCCGAAGAGAAAGGAUCUCUGUAGACAGUGAAGACUCCCCUCGCAAAUACAAAGAAAGUAGGCGUUCUCAUCAGCGGGAGAGGUCAGCCAGUACGGAACGCAAUUCCAGCAGACACAAGCGAUCCAUGGACAUAGAAGACACCUCUCGCAAGAACCAUAAGCGUAGGAGAGAGAGAUCCUCUAGUCCUGAUUUUUCAUCGGAUGGAAGGAGUUCAAGGGACAGGGAAGAACGCUCCACUCAACGACACAGAAAGCAUAGCAGCAGGCAUAAGCGAUCCUCUCGUCACGACCGUUCAUCUGGUGAAAGUUCAUUGUAUAGGGAAGAACGUCAUAGGUCUCCUUCACAUCAAUAUGACAGAUGGUCUCCAAGCAGGAAGAGGUCUACCAGUUGAUUAGGAAAAAACACUUGAAUAUUACCCCCCUCCUAAAUUUAUCUCAUCACAUUCAUCUCUGAUAUGGCUAUAUAGAAAUGAAGUAGAAGAGUGAAUUUAUUCUAGCUUGAAACACAUUUUUUCUUUUCUAGGAGUUGCGGUAGAAACCAUCUUGAAAUGAUUCGAUGAGUUUGAAAUGCAAAAACAUUUAUCUACAGUUGAUGACUAAAAGUAGGAUUAAAUGUAUGCUUUUGAACUUUACAUGACUAAUAUUAAAUACUUGGAGUAUUUUGUUUUCUCUUGAAAA